AUGGUGCUUUCUCCAGUUAUUCAAACUCAAACGGUUCAUGAAACAUUAUUAGGUCGUCAAGAUUUUGAAUUACGAUUAUUGGAAACGGUGAAAAAAAGUUUACAAUCUAAAAUAAGGUGUGACAAAGAAUAUUCUUCGACUUUAUUAGGAGUGGUUGCGCAAGGGCAGAAAAUUGAAGGUAGUGAUGAUCUUUUGGGAAGUGUCAUCACUCAGUCAUGGAAAACUCUUUUGGAAGGUUUCGAGUUCCUGGCCAAAUUAGUCAAACAAAAUGCUGAAGCCAUAGAAAUAAAUGUCUUAGAUAAAAUCAAUCAGUUGUACUUGGAUAAAAAAAAAAUUAAAAAAUCCUACAUUGAUGAAUAUGGAAAAAUAUCUCUUCAAUUUUCCAAGAUAAGCGAUGAUGUUGGGAAAAAAAAACUUGAAUAUCAAAAAAAUUUAGAAAUUUUCAAAUCCAUGAGAUCUCGUUUGGAAGAAUUUUAUGUCAAAGGGGGACGUGGAAGUAAAAAAAUAGAAGAGAUAAGAGAAAAAUAUCAGAAAACGUGUAGAAAAUUACAUUUGGCACAUAACGAGUACGUUUUACUCUUGGCCGAAGCAACGGAAUUCGAAAAAGAUUUUCGAAUAUUACUUUUUCCAGGGUUGUUAGAGUAUCAUCAAUGUUUGCAAGAUAAUCUUAAUCACGAGUGGAAAAAGGUUUUCGAAGAUGUCGCGAGAAAUUCUAGUCUUUGUACAGAACAACUUCAGGAUUUGGAAAAUCGCGUCGUUAAAAUAAUCCAAGAUAUCAAACCGAAUGAAGAGUAUAGCGUCAUAACCGAUAAAUUAAGGACGUCUUUUUCGACUUCAUCAUUUUCCUUUGACGAAUCAUUGACAACGGAUGCACCUGGAAAAUUACUUCCCAAUCAAUUGGUAGUGGAUAAUUUAACAAACGAAUGGUUAAAAUCAAAAUUGUCCGAAGUCGAUGGUAAAAUAAAAGAAGAACAAGAGAAAAUGAUUGAAUUGGGAGAAUUCAUAUUGAACAAUGGAAAAUCACACGAGGUAGCUAAAAAACGUCACGAAUUAAUUGAAAUCCGUUGCGACGAAAGGAAAUUAUCAAAACAAUCUGAAAUGAUCAAAGUUGCACUUAACGAAUUGGGAUCCGAUGAACUUCCCUCAGGUUGCGAUUUGCCAAUUGACAAUAGUCUACCCAUCAAUUUGGAAAACGAAGGCGGAGGUAUUGGUAAGAGUCUAGAGGAGGACAUUGAUUUGGAUGGUAUGAAAAAUAAAACGAUUCGAAAAAAAAGACUAACCGGUCAUUUUAAUACUUUGAUGGGUCACAUAAGACGAAAAUCCGGUCCUUCUACUCCCGUACUCGGCCGAUUUUCAUUCGAGGGUAAAAACGAUGAAGCAAAAGAAGCUGAAAAAAUUCGUGAUGGCUUUGGAAAAGUGUUAAAUAAUAAUGGAAAAGCUUUAAUUGAUGAAGAAUGGUUUCAUGGUGUUUUACCAAGGGAAGAAGUGGUACGAUUAUUAAGGCACGAAGGUGAUUUUUUAGUCAGGGAAACAACAAGAAAUGACGAAUGUCAAACCGUUUUAUCCGUUGCAUGGGGAGGACAUAAACAUUUUAUAGUUCAAACAAAUUUGGAAGGACAUUUCAGAUUCGAAGGACCGUCUUUUCCAACAAUACAAGAAUUAAUUUUAUACCAGUAUCAAAGUGGAUUACCAGUUACUAGUCGAUCGGGAGCCAUAUUAAAAAAACCAAUUUUAAGAGAAGUUUGGGAACUUAAUAAUGAUGACGUACAACUUUUAGAUAAAAUCGGAAGGGGUAAUUUCGGUGAUGUUUACAAAGCUAAAUUAAAAUCGACAAAUCAAGAAGUUGCCGUGAAAACGUGUCGCGUUGCUCUACCCGAUGAAAACAAAAGAAAAUUCUUACAAGAGGGUCGGAUUUUAAAACAAUACGAUCAUCCGAACAUAGUCAAAUUGAUCGGGAUUUGUGUGCAAAAGCAACCCAUCAUGAUUGUCAUGGAACUCGUUCCCGGUGGUUCGUUGCUUACCUUUUUGAGAAACAACGCCUCGACUUUGACGCAAAAAUUACUUUUGAAAAUGUGUCGGGAUACCGCUUCCGGUAUGCAGUACCUGGAAUCUAGAAAUUGCAUACAUCGAGACUUGGCUGCUAGGAAUUGUCUAAUCGGGUAUGAAAAUAUGGUUAAAAUAUCGGAUUUUGGAAUGUCGCGAGAAGAAGAGGAAUACAUUGUUUCCGAUGGAAUGAAACAAAUUCCAAUUAAAUGGACGGCACCGGAAGCUUUGAAUUUUGGUAAAUACACAUCACUUUGUGACGUGUGGAGUUAUGGCGUGUUAGCGUGGGAAAUUUUUGCCAGAGGUGGUGUUCCUUAUCCCGGAUUAUCUAAUUCGAAAGCGAGGGAAAAAAUAGACGGAGGUUAUAGAAUGUCAGCACCGGAAGGAACUCCAGAGGAAAUUUAUCGUUUAAUGUUACGAUGUUGGGAAUAUAAACCGGAAAAUAGGCCUCAUUUUACGGAAAUAUAUAAUAUCGUUAACAAUUUGUGUAUUAAAUUAUUUGAUGAAUAA